AUGUUAUUUACAUCUGCAGUGUUAUCUCAAGAAACCAAGACUCAGGUAUAUAAUAUUUCCAGCUCUCAAUAUGCAAAAGAGGCGUCAAACUAUAUUAGAAUUUUAAAUGAAUUGCGUCGUAUUGGUGCCCAAUUCGCCGUAAAUCUUCCCACAAUCGUUUUUUGUGGAAAUCAAUCUGCGGGUAAAAGUAGCUUACUUGAGGCGAUUUCAGGCGUUAAGUUGCCUAGAUCUGAUGGAACUUGUACUCGCUGUGUGAUGGAACUGAGACUAUCCGAAGUUCCCAAAACAUGGUCAUGCCAAGUUUCUCUUUGCAAAGAAUAUGAUGAACAUGAAAAACGCCUUUCUAAUCCAAUUGAAACUAAAUUUGGUAGACCGAUUGAUGAUCCAGAUAAAGUUGAAUUAAUGGCACGUCGUGCUCAAAAGGCAUUAUUAAAUCCUAUGAGAGAAAGCGAUGAAUAUAUUAAUUGGGGUUUUAGCUACCAAACUGAUGAAGAUGAUUCUCGAUCAAACGGUCUUAAGUUUACGAAAAAUGUCGUGUGCGUGGGAAUUAAAGGUCCUAAUGUCCCAAACUUAAGUUUAAUUGAUUUGCCGGGAAUUAUCC